AUGAAGAUGUCGUCAGUUCCAAGAUACUAUAAAUUUUCAAAUGGAGUCAAAGUGCCAAGCCUAGCCUUGGGUACGUAUGAUAUACCACGUAAUUCUACAGCAAGUAUUGUCUAUCAAGCUUUAAAAUGUGGCUAUCGCCACUUCGAUACAGCAGUGCUUUAUGGAAAUGAGAUGGAGGUUGGUGAAGGGAUUUACAGAUGGCUGAAAGAAGAUCCUGUCAAUAACAAGCGAGAAGACGUCUUCUAUACUACCAAACUUUGGAACUCUCAGAAUGGUUACACACAAGCCAAAAAAGGGAUCGCUGAGUGUCUGGACAAAAUCAAAAAAAUAGGUUACAUUGAUCUGCUACUGAUUCAUUCACCAUUGAGUGGCCCUCAAAAAAGACUGGAAACCUACAAAGCAAUGCAAGAAGCUGUUGAAAUGCGUUCGGUGAAAUCCAUAGGUGUUUCCAAUUACGGUAAACAUCAUAUUGAAGAACUUCUAUCCUGGAAAGACUUGGUAUACAAACCUGUCGUCAAUCAAAUUGAAAUCUCACCUUGGUGUAUGAGAGAAGAAUUGGCAACGUGGUGUCAGAGCAAGGGCAUUAUAGUCGAAGAUUAUGCUCCUUUGACUCAUGGAUAUAAGUUAAAAGACCCUGAACUGGUCAAAGUGGCUCAUGAAGUUGGCCGCAAUACGGGACAGAUUCUAAUUAGAUGGUCAUUACAAAAAGGAUAUCUACCACUGCCCAAGACAAAAAACCCAGAUAGGCUACCUGGUAACAUAGAUGUGUACAAUUUUGAGCUAAGUCCUCAGCAAAUGGAGGCCAUUGAACACCCGGAAGAUUAUCAACCUACAGACUGGGAGUGCACUGAUGCACCAUGA